ACGAUUUCGGAGCCUGGUUCGCCGUCUGUGAUACCUGGACACUUGGAGUCUCUGGCACGUCGUCCUUCUGAGGGUGGUUUGAACCAUCAGCUGAUCGUGAACAAUCGCACUCGUGAAAUGGCCGUGCACUCAUCCUCUCGUCUUACAUCGCCCAUACUGGAAACCUCCGGUGCAAUGAGCAGUCUGGCAACGGCUUCCUUAGAGCCA